CACUAUUGACUCUUUUAUAAACCCAGUGCCUACUCUUGCUUAGAGGAACAACUGCUGAAGAAAUAUAGGCUGCAGUUUAUACCGCUUGUAAUGGUCAUGACGUUGUAACUCCAUAUGGUCUUCAGAAAUGGAUCAGAAAAAGCCUGUGUACCCAUCUGGACCAGAGAACUCAAAGUCAUCUAGUGGCAAAAAACGCAAAAAAAGGAGGAAAAAUGUGGCACAAAGGUCUGCAUCAUCCACACAACCACACACAUCUGAAGGGUUUGAAAGAAGUGCUUCACCAACUUCACCAUCUUUACAAUUAAUGAGUGCAGAGAGACCUGAUUUAUCGAGUGGAAAACCUAAAGACAGGUUUGAAAGAAGUGUUUCACCAAUUUCACCAUCUCUACAGUCAUUUAGUCCAGAGAGACCUGAUUUAUCGAGUGGAAAACCUAAAGACAGGUUUGAAAGAAGUGUUUCACCAAUUUCACCAUCUCUACAAUCAUUUAGUCCAGAGAGACCUGAUUUAUCGAGUGGAAAACCUAAAGACAGGAACGUGAUGCCUGCAGAACCUUCAGUUUAUGGAAGACUUAGUGCAAAAGGUGAAGAAAAGGCAUUUCCACCAAUAAUGGAAGACUGGACAAAAGAACAUGUUCGACAUUGGCUAAUAACUCACCUUCGUAUUCCAUCAAAGGUUGCACAGAAUCUGUACGACCAAGAGGCCUCAGGAGCAUGUUUAGUGUCUUUUGAGAAACAGGACCUUAUAGAGUUAGGAGUUCCACCAGCUCCAGCAUUACAGAUCCUACGACAGGUGGAAAGGUUCAACAGGCGCUCUGAGCUGAGUGCACGGCAUCAGGAAUCAGAAGAGCCAGAGAAAAUGGCUCAGGAUAAAUUGGAAACCAAAACUGUGACAACAGAUUCAGGAUUUCACAGUGAAAGUGCAUCAGAGUUGCAUGAAGUGAGAGAUGAUUUUGAAGAGCAGAUCACAGAGCAGACACAGAUACAGCAGAUACAAUCCCUUUCACAGACAAAGCGAGCCUUGUGCGUGCUACGUCCUUUUGACAAAAGCAGCGCACCUGUGUUUUACACAGAGCACUACUUCCUCCCCGUUGUGACAGGUCCUAGUAAUCUCCUAGAGCCUGUUCACGAAUACAAACUUCUACCAGAUUCAAAUGAAAUCAGCAAAAGAGAGGCCUUGUUUGAGUUCACAAAUGAAAUGUUUUGUUUUGCAGCGAGCUGCAUGAAUUCACGCACCAAUGGGACAAUUCAUUUUGGAGUAAAUGAUGAACCAGGCCAAGAACAUGGUCGAAUAAUAGGCCACAAAAUCAGCUCAAUCAGUCUUUACAGUGAGGCAUUUGAAUCAGACUUAAGUAAAUACUUUGAACCGCAGCACAUACACUCUGCCAGGAUGUGCAUCAGGCCUCCUGUGUUUGUCCAGGUUCAAUGUGAAGAUGGAACAGCAUCAGACAAAUGGGUGAUUGAGGUGGAUGUGGUUCCUCUGUAUUCUGAGACUCAGGAGAGUGUCUUUUACACUAUUCUGAAUAUUCCAUCCACAGAUAAGAAUCAGCAGCAGUCCAAAAUUGAAUGUCUUUUUGUGCGAGAAGGAUCCAAAAAAGUCAACAUUUUAUCAGAUUCAAAUCCACGUGUGUUUCAAGAUAAAAUUAAGGAAAUCAAUAACAAAGUAAAACAUUGGGCAUCAUCUCGCAGAGCAGCAGAGGAAAAGUAUGAAACUCCUCCUCCCUCUGAGCAACAGGGUCAAAGACUGAAACAACUGAUCACUCGUGGACAAGAUUCACUUUCUGAUUUCAUGCAAGCUUUUGUUGUUACUGACAAAUGUCAUUCAAGCCAAUUGGAGCACAUGGACUUUUUGAAAGAACUGAAAUUGUUUGCAGUUUUGGAUUUUGACCCGGAGUCUGGUACAAAUGGAACCUGCCACUUUUACAGAAGAGACCGUGCAGCCAAUCUGCAUUUCCCACACAUGUACAUGACACAAGACAGCACUUCAGUUAUAACUAAGCUCAAUCUGUUUAAACAAACUAGCUGGGUCUUCUGUAAUGGACAGGCAGGUGAGGAGAAUGACUCAGAGAGACCUCUUUCUCCGCGCGAGUGGCUGAAGAAUCGUUCUGGGGACAUUAUCAAUAUGGUGUCCUUUCUCUGUACUCCUGACCUGCUUCCCAAGCACAGAUUAUUGGUCCUGAUCAUUCUUCACUCUCCUAUUUCUGACAUCUCAAGCCCUAUUCUAGAAACAUUCUGUGCAUUGUACCGCUCCUUGGGAGGAAUGGAUAACAUGCUUUGUCUUUGCAAAGAUGCCACAGUUUUCAGCCUCUGGAAGAAUUUGGUAGAGGUUCGCUGUAAAGAAGAUAUCAGCAAUAAAUGCAUCUACACUUUGAGCCUAAAUGAGAUCUCCAGCACCAUAAAGAAACUGAAGGAGCCCCAGACACGUGCCUCCAGAAGAUUCUUGCCUUCCACAGGUUCUAGCUCGGUCCUACUGGAAAAGAAAGAAGAGGAGAUGAUGACAGAUUUGGAAAUAUUGUGUGAAAAUGAAUGUGAGAAAACAGAAAUAGAAACAAACAAAUCCUUUGACGAAUUUAAGAAGAACACAGAAGAGGUGUUUUACAGGGGAGGCCAAGUGUCAUGGUGGAACUUUUACCUGUCAGAGCAGCCAGGCAGCCUGCCCUUCAUCAGACGAGACACAUAUGAUGACCUACACCAGCUCGUCUGCCCAAGGCAGAGCCACACCUCUCCUUGUGUGAUUGUGAAUCUGUUCCACCACCCAGGCUGUGGGGGCACUACUUUAGCCAAGCACAUACUAUGGAGCUUAAAAAACAAAUUCAGAUGUGCAGUUGUUAAAAACCAAAUGGCAACAAAUAAAGAGAUUGCAUUGCAAGUCAGGACACUGCUCACAUAUGGUAAACAAGACCAGUCAAGCUACACACCAGUUCUGUUGUUGGUAGACAACUGGUACGAUGUGGAUGAUUUAAAGCAGUGUAUUAUUGGUGCUGCUAUAGACAGAAGUCAGCCCAAUAACCUUAUUGUACUGAUAUUAAACUGUGAGAGAACACCAUUUCCUGAAAAAACCUCAAACAACUGUUACAAUCCAAAUGUGUUCAUCAGUGCCAAGCUCUCAUCAAAAGAGAAGGAUUUGUUUUCAAAGAAAUAUCAGGAACUCAAAGACAACCAUGACAAACCAGACACUUUCUAUGCAUUCAUGAUCAUGAAAAAUGAUUUUAGCAAAGACUACAUUAGUGAUUUAGUGAACAACAUUCUUAAAGAUCUAGAUAUUGGUUCACCACAGGGUAAACUUCUGUCUUUUCUAGCUUUGCUGAACACGUAUGUCAAUGGGUCCUACAUGUCCCUCUCUUUAUGUGAGGAGCUGAUGGAGAUUAGAAACCCUCUUUGGACAUCGGAAUCUCUGGAAGAUAAAAUGAACCCAUAUUCCACUCUCCUGAUAACUUUCAUUGUUGAGGAACAUGGCACUUACCAAGCAGUGCGGCUCUUACACCCAAUGAUUGCUGAAAACUGCAUCAAAGUUUUCAAAGAGCAACAGCUGUCUGGUCUUUCUGAUAUAACCAUUGACUUGUUGUUCUGUGAGAACCUCUAUAGAACAUGCAUGGGAAAGGAUUUCCUGAACCAGUUUAUCCAAAUUAUGUUGGUCACACGGACCCGGCGAGAGCAAGGAGAUGACAAGAACACAUUAUUUUCACCUUUGAUUGAAGACAUUCAAAAAGAAGAAGGAUUUGAUAAGGUUAAGGAAGUCCUUGAACGAGCCAUUCAUAGAUUUGACAGAAGUGCAACACUGCCUCAAGCUCUGGCUAGGCACAUGUGUCUUAAUGAGAAAGACUUUGGCUCUGCUCUCAAAUGGGCCCUAGACGCGCAGAGCAAAAGAUCUAACUCCUACAUCGCAGACACAGUGGGACAGGUGUACAAAAGCCAGCUCAAAAAGCUCAUUGAAGAUUCCAAGGAAAUGUCUCCAGAGUCACUUGAUGAAUGUUUACAGUUAGCAUCUAAAGCUGUGUCUGCGUUCAAGGACUCUCAGGAACUAGCAAAGAAAGAUGAACAAAACGACCCAUGGGAUCGACAUGGUAGAAAAGUAAGGACAGGCUACAACACCUCAGGCUAUCUUGGAGAAACAGAGGUUAUGAUCAUGCUUCUUGACUUGAUUACAGAACUUCCUGUUUUCUCUGUCAGUGACAGACACAGAAGAGACAAAAUGUUACAGGUUCUUAGAGGGCAACAACCCAUUACCAUGUUGGGUAAUAACAGUGGUCCAGAAGUAGACGCAAUAGCCAGUGUCCUCAAUGAUCAUGGGAGAUUUCUUGUUUCACUAAAACCAAGACUGAAGGAGAUUUUCACUUUCUUUGAGAACUACUUCAUAUACUUGAGGCCCAGACAUGUGCCACUAAACAGGGAAACAGUUGAUGAAAGAAACAAACGUAAGGUCUCAGACCUUUUCAAGAAGUACAUCAAGCUAUUCAGUUGUUCAGAGGAGGAAAAGGAGCAAGAACGGGCAAGAAACCCCAAUCUUAGUCAACAGCAGGUGAUAGAGGAUCACCGUCGUGACCUGGAGAUGAUGCAGGCAGAUUCUUUUGCAGGUCUUCUGCAGAGUUUGAGUCACAAAGACCAAAAGGAAAUCGAAAACAUUUAUGAGAAAUGGAAAUUUAUUUUUGAAAACUCCGUCAGCAGAUAUCCAUCAACUUCUGACACAGUGAAUUACAUCUUAGCAACCAUUGUUCUUCACAGCAUCAAACCAAAGUCUCGUGUGAAGAAAUAUGAGGAGUUGUUGGAGCUCCUUAAUGAUGUUCUGCAGAGGGAGGGCACACGAUCCAACCUCCUCGAGCUCUAUUACCUCUGCAUGCUGCUGAUGUGGCCAUCCAAAGACCAGUCCCUCAAAAACUUCACAGAAUACAGCAACAUCAGUACGUACAUCGCAUCAGCCAAAAGGUCCUUCCACAAACGUUUCAGUUUCAUCUUUCCAUCAAGAAGUGCUAUUGCUCAUUUCUUUCUUGGGAAAUCAAGUGGUUUAAAACGGAUAGUUAGCAAAACAAAGCUUGACCAAAUUUUGUUGCAGUCUUGUCAUAGUGAUGAUUAUCCAAGCUUUCAUCAUCUUUGGCAUAGUGGAAAGGCCUGGAACACCCACAACAUACAAGAUGAGCUGUUAAGGGUUAAAGGAAAAUCUGAAAACGGUGACAUUUAUGUCACUUAUGAUACCAACACGAAAAUUAUGAUCCGUCCUGCCUACCUCGGGGAUAUUCGCAGUGGUUACAGCCGAGAGGAGGUAUCCUUUUACAUCGGCUUCACCUUGGAAGGUCCUGUGGCCUAUGGUAUAAAAUAUGAAAAAUAAUUAAAUGGCACCAUGUGUCACAUUUUGCAGUUGACCUUUCAGUUACUGUUUGUCACCAAGUUUUAAAGCUGGUUUAUAAUUCUGUGUGGGGUUCGGCUCAGCUGGGAGCCAAUGUUCCGGAUGCACACCUACGAGCUGCGUUAUGGGAAUCCAAACUGUUUAAUUUGAAUUAAUUAUUUGUUUUUCAUAUUCAGACAUUUUUGUACCAGACUUUACCUGACAGUUGUCCGAGUAGUCUUUGUAGUUCAGCUAAUCACAUCUGUUGGGUUCAGCGGAAAUUCAACUUGUAGUAUUUUUUUUUGUACAGAAUGGCAUUGCACCAUAAGCUUUUCUAAAGUGGGAUCAUUUGCAUAUAGAUAUCUGUAACGUCAUUUCGCCUAGUCAAAUCUCCAGUUCAAGAUAUCUGUAAUAAUAUUUUGACUAGGCACAAUGAAAUUUAUGGAUAUCUGCAAUUUCAGAUAUCUCCAAUCAAAAUUCAUUACACCAUAUCUAAAACUUGAUAAGAGACAUCUACAACUAAAUAUGACUAUCUGAAACUCCAGUUUGAGAUAUCUACAACAUCAGUUCUGACUAGUUGUAAUUCCAGUUAGAGAUAUCUACAACGUCAUUUCGCCUAGUCAAAACUUAAGUUAAGAUAUCUGAAAUGGAGCAUGUAGAUAUCGUCAAUUGAAGUGAAAUAAAGAUACCUUGAACUUAAGUUAUGACUAGUCAGAAUCAAAUUGUAGAUAUCUCAAACUGGAAUUACAGAUACCUAUAAUUCAGUUGUAGAUAUCUGUAACUUAGGAUGUGGAUAUCCAUAACUGAAUUGUGGAUAUCCGUAAUUAUGAAACCCAUACAAAUGAAUGGCAAAAGUGAAGUCAUUUGCCUUGGGAAGAAUGUCAUUGUGGAUAUCAAAAAUGACAGUUACGGAUAAGAAGAAUGACUUUGCAGAUAUCCGUAAUUUUCUUUUUGACUAGGCAAAACUAAGUUAGAGAUAUAUACAAUACAUGUCCGAUUUAAUGUUUAAAUGUUAAAACAGCUUGCUAUACACCUCAUCCACCUCUUCAUCUCAUCUUGCCUCGUCUACUGCAACAGCCUGCUUGACAGUUCACCGUCAAUAAACUUCAGUACAUUCAGAGAUCUUGUCUGGUUACUCAUCCUCCAGCAUAUCAAGUUCAAGCUUGUCACCAUUGUGUACAAGUUCCUCCAUAACCUAGACCCCACCUACCUCUCAGAGCUUCUUCAACCACUACCAUUCCCCAUCAUACCAUUACAUACACCUUAUGCAAAGAGUCUUUGGGUAUCUUAAAAAGCACUAUACACGUGUCAUGUAUAUAUUAUGAGCCCAUUAUAAAAAAAAAUAAAAAUCAGUUCAUAUUCGAUAGUGUGUAUUGCAGUAGUUCAGUGUAUCAUAUGAUUUUGUACAAAGUAAAUUAAAACAUUAAAGUGAAAUCUAUUCAGUGAAACAACUGCCAAACAGUAUACAAGCCUAAUAUCUGUAGAUUCUUUGUUUGCAUGUUUAUUCACAUCUUCUCAAAACAAGAAAAAAAUGCAUUGCUCUUUUAAAAUAUUUUUUAAAGGCUUCAUAUACUCAUGGUGUAACUUUCAAUAUUACAUCAGAAUGUUUUAGUUGACAACACAUUAUUUUUGUACAAAGGAACUGUCAGGUAGUCUAUGAAACCAACUAAUGGUAUUUACAACACAAGAGACAAAAAUAUGUAAAUCAUUAUGUACAUCCAAAAAUAGCCUGUAUCCAAUGUAUUUCCAAGUACAAAUAUGGAUUUUAUUUGGUGUGUUAUAGUCAAAUCUGAAUGUAAAAAUAAAGCAUAUAAGAUCUACA